AUGUUCAAGAAAGAAAUCCAGCCUGCGCCCAAGCAGAAGCUCAAGUCUUCUGUCCAGCGAACCCUUCGAAAGGAUCUCCUCGACACAUACCCUCUCCUCAACAACUACAUCGACGAGAUCAUGCCCAAAAAGGCCACUCUUUCGAGCAUGAAGCUUACCGACCGCAACACCCUCUACGUUCUCGACUCGACACCCAUCUUCUUCCAGCAGGACCUUACAGGAAUCCUCAUUCCCCACCUCCGACUCGUCCAUCGCUUCCCCCAAGCCUUUCCUAGCAUUCGCAUAGACCGUGGUGCUAUUCGCUUCGUCCUCUCAGGCGCUACCCUCAUGGCUCCUGGGCUUACCUCCGCUGGUGGCAGACUGCCUGCCGACGGCGCGCCCGAGGGUGUACCGGAGGACAAGAUGGACCAGAAGAUGGACGACGAUUUCCGAUGGAGCAGAGAGUUGGUCAAGGGCGAGCCUGUCGUUGUCAUAGCCGAGGGCAAGGAUGAGGCGUGUGCUGUGGGAACACUUUCUGAGGGAACCAAGGAGGUCAAGGCCAAAGGCAAGGGACCCGUGAUCGAGGACGCGCAUUACUUGGGCGAUGGACUGUGGAUGAUGCCUACCGAGUAG